AUGUCAGAGAAAAAGAAAGGAGGCUCCGUCACUGACUUGGUGGCCGGAGGUGUGGCCGGUUUGUUUGAGGCCUUGUGUUGUCACCCAUUGGACACCAUUAAAGUGAGAAUGCAGUUGUACAGAAAAUCUGGUCAGAAACCUCCAGGAUUCAUCCGUACUGGUAUCAACAUUGUUCAAAAGGAGACUUUUUUGUCUUUGUACAAGGGUUUAGGUGCCGUUGUUUUGGGUAUCGUGCCUAAGAUGGGUAUUCGUUUCCAAUCGUACGAGUUCUACCGGUCGCUUCUUGCUGGCCCAGAUGGCAGAGUUUCAACAGGUAACACGUUUCUUGCAGGUGUCGGUGCUGGUGUCACUGAGGCCGUGUUGGUGGUGAACCCUAUGGAGGUUGUCAAGAUCAGAUUGCAAGCUCAGCACCACUCCAUGGCUGACCCAUUGGAUGUUCCAAAGUACAGAAACGCCCCACACGCUGCUUAUUUGAUUUGCAAGGAGGAGGGUUUCAGCACCUUAUAUAGAGGUGUGUCGUUGACGGCUGCUAGACAGGCGUCUAACCAGGGUGUGAACUUCACGGUGUACUCCAAGUUGAAGGAACGUUUGCAAGACUACCAUGGUGUUGAGGUGUUGCCAUCGUGGGAAACUUCGUUGAUCGGAUUGUUUUCCGGAGCCUUGGGUCCAUUGUCUAACGCUCCAUUGGACACCAUCAAGACCAGAUUGCAGAAGAGUACCUAUGCAUCCAACGAAUCUGGAUGGGUUAGAAUUGCCAAGAUUGGUAAGCAGUUGAUCAAGGAAGAGGGUGUGGGUGCCUUAUAUAAGGGUAUCACUCCAAGAAUCAUGAGAGUGGCUCCAGGUCAGGCCGUGACUUUCACAGUGUACGAGUUCAUGAAGGGUGUCUUGUCUGGCAACACUCCAGUUCCUGGUGUGACAAAGAAGCUCGAGUAA